AUGUCGAAUGGUAUUCCCUUGACAGAUGACGAUAGAUGGGAUUGGUUGGCUGAUGUAGCUGCCACUUCGAGCCGGGCUGCUGCUGGAAACGAGUCGACCUAUAUCGCUGUGGCUGCUUGUUCCGCUCUGACCCCUAAAUAUAGAGAGUUCCUCAAAUCCAAGGUUCUCCCCGGAACCCGCAUCGUUAUUGCAUUUAUGUGGGCUCCCGAGGAGGUGCUCGUAGCCCGUGUCGGUGCUCGCAAGAACCACUACAUGGGCACAAACAUGGUUGCUAGUCAGGCUGCUUUAAUGCAAGUGCCAAAAGAUGAGGAGCUCCUCGAGAACGGUGGUUUCUCUAUCCCCAUGUCGACCGUCGACCAGGACCCAACUUUUAUUGCCGGUGAGGUAGUCAAGAAGGUGAACGCCUUUUUAAAAUAG